CUCUGCCCUCCGUCGCUGUGCCGGGGCGUGAGGGUUGUGUCCGAUUCCUCACCUCCUGCGGCGUUUUGCCCCAGCCUGUGCUAUUCUUCCCUUCCACCUCAGUUUGUGGGUGGCCUUUAUCCUUUGAGGAGGCAGGUUGUCGUUUCUAGGGGUGGUCGUGCUGGGAAGGGCCUCUUCUGUUUCUGCAGUUCUUAGAGAGGUGCUGAGCUCAGUCAUGUAGUGAGAUCAGGUGCGUUUGGGGGGCUCAGCUGAGGGGGACCUGUGUUCCCUGCAUGGUCCAGGGCCAGCCUCCUCCUUAGGAAAGGCAUUUUCCAUGUCCUUAGGCUCAGAUGCAUUGCAUUUUUACAGAUGGUGGGCAAGGCUUCUUUUGCUAAGUCAGGCUGAUAGUGCUGAGGGUUAAAGGCUUACAGCUGGUGAGGGUUCUCUUUCUCCAGUACUCAUUUACAAAGGAAAACAAUGCAAGCUUAGAGGUGUUUUCCAAAGGUUCAACUUUGGCUGGGUGGGGCUUAAAUGUGGAGAGCUGCCUCUUAGGGUCCCUUGAAAAUCUGUUAGGCUGGGUGCCUGGUAGAAGUUCAGAGCAUUGCUUUCGAAGGGUUAUGUUUCAUAUAAAAGAGUAUCUGCAAAAUGGCAACUGCUCAGAAACAAAGGAACUGUGUGAGUGCAGUGACAUUUCCUAACAAAAUAUCUACUGAGCAGCAAUCCUUAAUGCUAGUGAAGAGGCUCCUGGCAGUAGCAGUAUCCUGCAUUACAUAUCUGAGAGGAAUCUUUCCUGAAAGUGCCUAUGGAACAAGAUACAUGGAUGAUGUCUGUGUCAAAAUUCUGAGGGAAGACAAGAACUGUCCUGGGUCUACUCAGCUGGUGAAAUGGAUGUUAGGAUGCUACGAUGCCUUGCAGAAGAAAUAUCUAAGAAUGAUUGUCCUAGCAGUCUAUACCCAUCCAGAAGAUCCUCAGACAAUUACAGAAUGUUAUCACUUCAAAUUCAAGUACACCCACAAUGGGCCACUCCUGGAUUUCAGCAGUAAGAAUAAAAGGAAUGAUUCCACAAUCACCUGUGCAGACACCAAGAAAGCAAGUAUCCUCCUCAUUCGCAAGAUUUAUGUUCUGAUGCAAAACCUGAGUCCAUUACCAAAUGAUGUUUGCCUGACUAUGAAGCUGUUUUAUUAUGAUGAAGUUACACCAUCUGAUUACCAACCUCCUGGUUUUAAGGAGGGUGAAUGUGAGGGGAUGAUAUUUGAGGGAGAGCCUAUGUAUCUGAAUGUGGGUGAAGUGCCAACGCCUUUUCAUAUGCUGAAAGUUAAAGUUACAACUGAAAAGCAACGAAUGGAAAACGUUGAUAAAAGCAUCUUAAAGCAUGGAGAGACUAAUGUGCCUCUCCAAGUGCUCAGAGUGGACAGAGAUGAUCCAGAAGAGGAGAACCAGGACAUGAAUGAAGAUCCUGUCUUGGAUAAUAAAGUGGAAGAUAGGAAUGAUAUAAAUAUUUCAGAAGCUCAAGAACCAAAUUUAACUUGUGAAGAAAAUGAAGUUACAGAGGCUGGAGGGAAGCAGAAUCUGUAUGUUUCUAAUCCUCAGGUUGAUCACUUGGCAAGACAGACAUCUGAACUUAAUGUGUCAGAGAGCAGGACAAGAAGUGGAAAGAUAUUUCAAACCAGCACUGUUCAUCAGUUUGAACUCUCAUCUAGUCAAGAUGUGCUGCCAAAAAGGAGAAAGAUCAGCGAACCAAAGGAGCAAUUUUAGAUACCCAUCUCCCUGCUGUUGUUUAGAGUUCUCCACACCACUUCCAUUUCAUUGUUUGAUGUGAGUGUUCAUAUUUAAAUAUCUUUUAGGGAUCUUUUCUGUUCUAUUUGUAGUCAAAAUGGAGAGUAUUUUAAGGAAAGAAAAUCUGUCAAGAAGCCCAGCUGAAGAAUCAGAACUUAUUUUUUUUUUAUAGGAGGUCAUACCCCAUCAGGACAGACAAAGGUACCUGACUGUUCUGUAAUGGAACAUUUCAGUAACCGAGGGCAUUUGGGGGAUUUCACUCCCCACUUAGAACGUGUUUAAAUCCUGAUGGCAGUUGUGUAACAUGCGUUACCCACAACACAAGGUUUCACUGGUAAUUUUGGGCUGUGUUUCAAAGCUGAGGAACUCCUUGUCCAGGCGCAAACCCCUCAGUCUUGGGUUAACGUCCAGGAUUAUGGAUGAGGCUCAGGAGGGCUGUGCCAGUUACAGCAAUGCUGCAUUCUUUGCUUUUACUGCCGGGACAGUUGGGGGGGCUGGAUUCUUUGCUUUUCUUCCAGACUGAAGGCACCAGACUCAAGUAAAAAGCAUUCUUCAUAUCUUCAAUUACAUCUUUCAUGUCAAAAUGCUGGAAUUUCUAUACAGCUGUGAUGACACCUAUGUAAUUAUAAAGUGUUAACUGUGGUGGGCAUCUAUUAUAAUGGUGUGCAAUUACUUGAAGAAACCUGUAAAAUGCUUAAUUGCAGAAGUUGGGCAUGGUGCCGUUUCUUUUUCUAACAAAAACUAUUAAUUUUUCCUGUGCUGUAACUGAGUUGGAAUUAAGCUAUUUUUGCAUGGCGAAGGGCUGCCGCCGUCUUUAGGUGGGGAUAGUGGAACGUUUCUUGAUGGUUUUGACUUCUAAAUUAAAAAUGUCU